GGCAGUAGAUGUGUCUGUGGGGUGUGAAUUGAAUCAUGAGAAGGCUCGUCAUUGGGGUGGUUAAAGUUGGUCUUCUUUUGCUUCACUACUGUUGCCUUUUAAUUCCUAUGCUCCAUGGCCGCGUUGUGAAUUGCAGCCCUCCGCCGGAGCCCGUGCGGUGCGCCCGCGGCGGCACCGCCAAGUGCACCUUCACCAACGGCUAUGGCGCCUUCCCCGACCGCUCCGUCUGCUCCGCCGCCGAGGUCGUGUACCCGUCCACCGAGCAGGAGCUCGUCGCCGCCGUGGCCGCUGGCGCCGCCGCCGGCCGGAAGAUGAAGGUCGUCACGCGCUACUCCCACAGCAUUCCCAAGCUGUCCUGCCCCGGCGCCGGCGACGGCGCCGGGCUCCUCAUCGGCACGCGGCGACUCAACCGCGUCGUCGCGGCGGCGGGAGGGACGACGAUCACGGCGGAGGGCGGGGCGGUGCUGGCGGACGUGAUCGCGGCGGCGGGGGCGGCGGGGGUGGCGCUGCCGCACGCGACCUACUGGUCGGGGGUGACGGUGGGUGGCCUGCUGGCGACGGGGUCGCACGGGAGCUCGCUGUGGGGCAAGGGCGGCGCAGUGCACGAGUACGUGGUGGGGGUGCGCCUGGUGACGCCGGCGACGCCGGCGGAGGGGUACGCCAGGGUGAGGGUGCUGGAGGCCGGCGACCCGGAGUUGGACGCCGUCAAGGUCUCCCUCGGAGUCCUCGGAGUCAUCUCGGAGGUGACGUUGGCCGUGCAGCCGCUGUUCAAGAGGUCGAUCACGUUCUCGACCCGCGACGAUUCAGAUCUGGCGGCGAAGCUCGUCGCUUUCGGCAAGCAGCACGAGUUCGCCGACGUGGCGUGGUACCCCGGCCACCGGAGAGCUAUCUACCGCAUCGACGAUCGGGUCCCCGACGGAACUCCCGGCGACGGCCGCUUCGACUUCGUCGGGUUCCGUUCCACGCCGAACUUGGUGGCGCAAGCCGUUCGGUCAGCAGAGGAGAUCUCGGAGGCCGUCGGAGACGCCGCCGGCAAGUGCCUGAACUCCAAGGUCACGACCUCCGCCAUCCGCCUACUCGGAUACGGCCUCUCCAACGACGGGCUCCUCUUCACCGGCUACCCGGUCAUCGGCUACCAGCACAAGCUCCAAUCGUCCGGCGGGUGCCUCCGCAGCCCCGCCGACGGCCUCCUCACCUCCUGCCCGUGGGACCCCCGCAUCCGCGGCGAGUUCUACCACCAGACCACCGUCAGCCUCGCCCUCCCCAACGCCUCCGACUUCAUCCGCGACGUGCAGAGGCUCCGCGACCUCGACCCGGACGCCCUCUGCGGCGUCGAACUGUACGACGGCAUCCUCAUGCGCUUCGUCAAGGCGUCGACGGCCUUCCUCGGGAAGCAGCAAGACUCGGUCGACUUCGACAUAACGUACUACCGGAGCCGCGACAACCCGAUGACUCCGCGCCUCCACGAGGACGCGCUGGAGGAGAUCGAGCAGAUGGCGGUGGUCAAGUACGGUGGGCUGCCGCACUGGGGCAAGAACCGGAACCUAGCCUUCGAGGGGGCGGCGAGGAAGUACGCCAAGGGGAGGGAGUUCCUGAGGGUGAAGGAUGCCUUUGAUCCGGAGGGGUUAUUCUCGAGCGAGUGGAGCGAUCAGGUGCUGGGAGUGCAAGGGAGGACGCCGAGCAUCGUGAGGGAAGGGUGCGCGCUGGAGGGGCUCUGCGUCUGCUCGGAGGACGCGCACUGCGCGCCGGAGAAGGGGUAUUACUGCCGACCGGGGAAGGUGUACCAGGAAGCCAGAGUAUGCGGCCGCCUCCAUUGAGAUGAUGAGUAGGGCAACGACACCAACAAAAGUUAGGAAAUUUAUUUUAGUUAAAAAUAAUAAUAAUUAUUAAAUAAAUGUAUUAAUUUGUCCGAUCUAUAAAAUUUAGGGCAAAAGUUAAAAGGCCUAUUUUUUUUAA